CAUUGAUGCUUUAUCUACAGAGGAUGAAAAUAUCUACAAUUUUAACAAAAUUGCACACGGCAAAGAACCACACAAUACAUUAACUACAAGAUCAAAAGAUGUUUCAUUUUGCGAGGAAAAUGAUGUGAGUAGUUUAAAUGAAAUUGUACACGAUGAGAAUGAUUCUGAGGAAUUUUAUGAAAAUAUGAGCUGUAGUGAUCAAAGCGAUAAUGAUGAUGUCAUUUGUGAAGAUUAUUUUGGUUCGUUUGAUAGUCCGGAUAUUAAUAAUGACACAAAUGACAACAUUAUUAUGUUCGAAGCUGCCAAUUUAUCAAUUCGUCAAGUUUUCACAAUGGUCGAAGCAUUAUGUUUGCGUUAUCAUCAUUCCGAUAAAUCUAGACAUGCGCUAUUAAAUUUAAUAAAAAGUUUGGCUGGACCAAAAUUUAGUUACAUAAAUACUUCGAAGUAUACAAUGUCAAAAUUGUACAAUCCACCUGCGGAUAAAAUGUUGUAUAUUUUUUAUUGUAUUGAAUGUUACACCCCACUAUUAAAUCCACUUUCAAAAGAUUGUGUUGCUCAGAAGAAGACUGUCAUGUGUGGUCAGUGUGAAAAAAAGUACGAGAUUUCUCCAAAAUCUCCGAACUAUUUUAUAUCUAUUGAUGUCGAACAUCAAAUUCGAGUCUUAUUAGAGAAUAAAAAAAUGCGAAAUACUUUGAUGAAUAACUUAGCACACGUAACCACAUUACAGGAAACAAAUAUGUCAGAUGUAUACGAGAGUACUUUAUAUAAGAAUAUCACACAGAACCAAGAGUGUAAAAUUUUGACUUUUAAUUUUAAUACAGAUGGUUUUCCUAUAUUUAAAAGUAGCAAAAAUAGUAUUUGGCCCUUGCUAUUAAUAUUAAACGAGUUGCCACCUAAAUGUAGAUUCGAAACUGUAAUAUUAGCAGGUUUGUGAAUAUCCAAAUCUGAACCACAAACGAAGUUUAUGAAUUUAUAUCUCAAGUUUUCUAUUCAACAAAUGGAAAAAUUAAUGAACGAUGGUGUCACCAUCGUUCAUAGUAACAAUGAAAAUAUUAAAUUCGUUUUACGGCCAUUGUGUGCAUCGGUCGACUCGGUUGCUCGUCCUAUAAUCCAAAAUCGAAUUCAGUUCAAUGGCUACUAUGGAUGUAGCUGGUGCUACGAUAAAGGUGAAUACUUACAUGGUUCUGUGCGAUAUCCUUUUACAGAAAAUGAGUUACUGCGAAGCCAUGAAAAUUAUUUAAAAGACGUAAACGAAGUUAAUCAUAUGCAAAGAGCAGUUAAUGGCGUUAAAGGUGCUUCUAUUUUGACCACAUUAGAACAUUUCGAUUGUGUGUGGGGAUUUCCUGUGGACUACAUGCACGGCAUAUUGUUAGGAGUUGUUCGCCAAAUGUGGGUUGAGUGGAACUCUCCUAGUUCUCCGUUUUAUUUGUCGCGAAAACAAAGACAAAAUAUCGAUAAAAGAUUAUUGAAUAUAAAGCCUUCACAAGAAAUACAUAGAUUGCCAAGGUCUUUUAGUGAAGGCAAACCGAAAGCAAGUGAAUGGCGAUCAUGGAUCUUAUUUUAUAGUGUGCCAUGUCUUAUAGGAAUUUUAAAUGAUGAAGCGUUAGUUUCGUUUACACGUCUAGUACGAAGUCUUAAUGUUCUACUGUCGCAAAAUAUUUCAGAAGAAGAUUUGAAACUAUGUGAAAUUGAUAUGAUACAAUUUGUUGGUGAAACUGAGAUUUUGUAUGGUAAAAGCGCCAUGACAUUUAAUUUACACUCUUUAUUGCAUGCAGUUCACAGCGUUCGUAUGAGUGGUCCAUUGUGGGCAACCUCGGCAUUUCCAUAUGAAAAUGGAAUUUUUCAUCUAAAACAAAAUGUCAGUGGCCCCAAUGGAGUCCUUCAUCAAAUUGCAACUAAAACAUUGCAAAAAAGUAAAUUGAAAAAUAUGAUAAUAAAUAAUAACAAGACCGACCCAUGCACAAUUUAUUGCCAAGGCUUGUUUAACCCUCGAAAAUUACUAAUGCAAAAUGCAAUCACUGUAUGCGAUGCUGUUCUAAUAGGAGAAUUAGGAGGUUUUGAAAACAUUAAAAACCUGGUUAAACAAGCACUUGGUUUUGAAACAGAUCGAGAUACCGUUCGAAUAUAUAACAGAUGUAUAUAUAAAGAUACAAUUUUCCACAGCACCUCGUAUGAACGGCCAAAAAAAAGUAACGAUACUGUAAUUCAACUAGAAUCGUCUGCUAUAGUUGAAAUAUUGUAUUUUAUAUAUUUCAAAGAUAAAUGUUAUCUAGUAGUCAACGAAUAUGAAGUAGAUCCGAUCUUUAAUUUAAGUCAUAUUAUGCGUGUGCGGAAUAGAAAUCCACAACAAAAGAAGAUUGUACCUUUAAACAGCGUAAAAUGUAAAAUAGUUUACGUAGACGUCAUCGAUAACGCAUAUGUAUGUAUUCCUCCAAAUGUUAUUGAAAUCCAAUAAAGAUUUCUAGUGAAUUUAUAUAUGUAUAUUUUUGUGUACUCAUUCACACACAGACACACACACACACUUAUUUUGUGAUAUAAACUUUCUUCCCAACGGUAGGUAUCCUUUGAAGAAAACCGUAGAGAAUAACAAGUGCUGUGAAUUAUAGAAAGAAAAUACCAUACACAUAUUGAAUCAAAUUUUACAAGCCGAUAGGAAGAACUGCGGAUUAACGGAUCUGAUUCCAAGCAAUUGUACUGUAAAUAAUUAAUGAUUUAUAUUGAGCUAAUCUCUUUGAAAGAGAAACGACCGCAUGUUUGUCUUUUCAAGAAUUUU